ACAAUAGGUCUACGCUCUGUAGUAUCAUUACAUCCGCACUCCCUUCCCAUAAUUACCGCCGUAAAACGACCGGCGAGGGAGGUGGAGCUUCGCCGCCGCCGUGUCCGUACUAUAAAUCAUCUACAGAUAUGUGAAAGUAUAAACAAUAAUUAAGAUGAAGAAUCUGUUUGUCAAAAAGGUAUUAGUAUAAAACCCAUUUUCCACUCAGUAGUGGGCUGGAACUCCAUUUUUCAACUACUCUGAUUUUCUUGCUUUAUCCCUCUUCCUACUUUACCAAACCUAAUCCUCUCCUUGAACCCCACUUUAAAUAUCUCCCAUUGGCCUCUAAAUUUUUAUUGUUUGUUGAACCAUUCUCCUGCGAUUCGGGUAGUUGUCGCUCUUGUCCCUCUCAUGCCCGUAGGAAUUGGUUAACUAUAAAGAAUUUCAGUGGAUAGAGUUGUUUAUUUUUGAGCUAAAAUCAGCUGGUUUUCUUGUUGUGUCGAAGAAGAUGUGCCUUUGAUUUGAGCAGUAAAUGGUGGGGAAGUGGUGAUUGAAGAAAGGGCGAAAAUGGUGGUGCGGAAAGUGGGGAAGUAUGAGGUGGGGAGGACAAUAGGGGAAGGGACAUUUGCGAAAGUGAAGUUCGCUCAGAAUACUGAGACUGGGGAGAGCGUUGCCAUGAAAGUCCUCGAUCGCUCCACCAUAAUCAAGCACAAGAUGGUUGAUCAGAUAAAAAGGGAGAUAUCUAUAAUGAAGCGUGUUAGACACCCUUAUGUUGUUCGUUUACAUGAGGUUAUAGCAAGUCGCACGAAGAUCUAUAUCAUAUUGGAAUUUAUCACAGGUGGAGAAUUGUUUGAUAAAAUAGUUCACCAUGGGCGACUUAGUGAAUCUGAAUCUAGAAGAUACUUCCAGCAGCUUAUUGAUGGUGUGGAUUAUUGCCACAGUAAGGGAGUCUAUCAUAGAGACUUAAAGCCUGAAAAUCUACUACUUGAUUCCCUAGGAAAUCUUAAAAUCUCUGAUUUCGGGCUAAGUGCAUUGCCUGCAGAAGGAGUCAGCCUUCUCCGUACAACCUGUGGUACUCCUAAUUAUGUUGCACCGGAGGUUCUUAGUCAUAAAGGCUACAACGGUGCUUUGGCAGAUAUCUGGUCAUGUGGGGUUAUCCUUUAUGUUCUGAUGGCUGGUUAUCUGCCAUUUGAUGAAAUUGAUCUAACAACAUUGUAUGGGAAGAUUGAGAAUGCAGAAUUUUCAUGCCCAUCCUGGUUCCCAGUUGGAGCAAGAUCCUUGAUACAUAGAAUUUUAGACCCAAAUCCUGAAACACGUAUUCGGAUAGAAGAAAUCAGAAAUGAUGAGUGGUUUAAAAAGAAUUAUAGUCCCGUCAGACUUCCUGAAACUGAAGACAUUGAUUUGGAUGAUGUUAAUGCUGCUUUUGAUGAUCCAGAGGAAGAACUGCCUACUGAGCAAUGUGGAAGUGAUGAUAUGGGGCCUCUGGUUCUGAAUGCAUUUGAUUUGAUUAUUCUUUCUCAAGGAUUAAAUCUUUCAGCAUUGUUCGAUCGCAGGAAGGAUUCUCUGAAACAUCAAACACGGUUUGUUUCACAAAGACCUGCAAAGGUUGUCUUAUCAAGUAUGGAAGUCGUUGCGCAGUCAAUGGGUUUCAAGACGCACAUUCGUAAUUAUAAGAUGAGGGUUGAAGGUCUUUCUGCAAACAGAACUUCACACUUCUCCGUGAUCGUGGAGAUUUUUCAAGUUGCACCGACAUUUAUUAUGGUUGACAUCCAGAAAGCAGCUGGAGAUGCUGAGGAAUAUCUCAAGUUCUACAAUAACUUCUGUAACAAUCUUGAUGAUAUCAUCUGGAAGCCGCCAGAUGAAAUGCCCAAAUCACGGAUCGCCAAGACCAAGAGUAGAAAGAGAUGAUCUUACUGGUUCCUGUUUCUGUACAAUAUAAAUGCUUUUGUCGUUGAGGCUGUCAUCCCACAGUUGAGUUAUGUGAGAUUGAGUAACAUGGACUAGUUCAAUAUUAACCGAAUCUGCUUCUUUCUGCUGCUGAUUUUACUCCUUAGCUUUCAGGACAGUAAGAACAGUCAAGAUGAGGCUCGUUUUUGAGUAAUUUUACUUAUUGUUUCCUUUUGAUGUAAGAGUUUCCCUCGCCUUGUCAAAUGUGAUGGCCUUUUCCCUUAUUGAUUGGCCUUGGUGUAUUGAAAGUAUACACAGCCGUUUAGCGGGAAAAUCUAGCUUCGCUCAGUUUUGAAUUAUACAUUUGUUAUGCGAUUGGUAUAUAGUUGAAAAGUACAUGUAACACAACAGGUAUAAUUAUACUCGAUAUGUGAUUAAUUUGGUUCGAUCAAA